GAGGGGAGGCCGCGGGGACACCCCACUCCCCCAGCCUCAGUUUCCCUGGGCGGUUCGGCGCAUCUUCGCCCGCCCCUCCCCCGCAGGCGCUGGGCACCGGGUCCCCCCAGGGCUCAGACUGCGCCUCCCCUCCUCCAGCGCGUCUUUGUCCCCUCCAACCACGGCCUGUGGAGCCCGCGGCACCAUGAUCGCGACCAAGGAGAAGAAUAAAACCCCAAAGGACAGCAUGACGCUUCUGCCCUGCUUCUACUUCGUGGAGCUCCCCAUCGUGGCGUCCUCCGUCGUGUCCCUGUACUUCCUGGAGCUGACCGACCUCUUCAAGCCGGCCAAGGUGGGAUUCCAGUGCUACGACCGGACGCUCUCCAUGCCCUACGUGGAGACCAACGAGGAGCUCAUCCCCCUGCUCAUGCUCCUCAGCUUGGCCUUCGCUGCCCCUGCGGCCUCGAUCAUGGUCGGCGAGGGCAUGCUGUACUGCGUGCAGUCCCGGCUGUGGGGCCGCGGCGGGGGCCCGGGCGGCGCCGAGGGCAGCAUCAACGCUGGCGGCUGCAACUUCAACUCCUUCCUGCGGCGCACUGUGCGCUUUGUGGGCGUCCACGUGUUCGGCCUGUGUGCCACGGCGCUGGUGACCGACGUCAUCCAGCUGGCCACGGGCUACCACGCGCCCUUCUUCCUGACGGUCUGCAAACCCAACUACACGCUGCUGGGCACGUCGUGUGAGGCCAACCCUUACGUCACACAGGACAUCUGCUCCGGCCGCGACGCACACGCCAUCCUGUCUGCGCGGAAGACCUUCCCGUCGCAGCACGCCACGCUGUCCGCCUUCGCUGCGGUCUACGUGUCGAUGUACUUCAACUCCGUCAUCUCGGACACCACCAAGCUGCUCAAGCCCAUCCUGGUGUUCGGCUUUGCCAUCGCAGCGGGCGUCUGCGGCCUCACCCAGAUCACGCAGUACCGCAGCCACCCCGUGGACGUGUACGCGGGCUUCCUCAUCGGCGCUGGCAUCGCGGCCUACCUGGCCUGCCACGCGGUCGGCAACUUCCAGGCCCCGGCGGCGGAGAAGCCGAUGGCGCCGGCCCCCGCCAAGGAUGCGCUGCGGGCCCUGACCCAGCGGGGACACGACUCGGUGUACCAGCAGAACAAGUCCGUGAGCACCGACGAGCUGGGGCCGCCAGGGCGGCUGGACGGCGUGCCCCGGCCCGUAGCCCGAGAGAAGGCCUCGCUGGGCAGCCUGAAGCGGGCCAGCGUGGACGUGGACCUGCUGGCCCCACGCAGCCCCAUGGGCAAGGAGAACAUGGUCACCUUCAGCCACACGCUGCCCCGCGUCAGCACGCCCUCGCUCGACGACCCUGCUCGCCGCCACAUGACCAUCCACGUGCCUCUCGACGCUUCUCGCUCCAAGCAGCUCAUCAGCGAGUGGAAGCAGAAGUCGCUGGAGGGCCGUGGCCUGGGGCUGCCCGAUGAGGCCAGCCCCGGGCACCUGCGGGCGCCCGCGGAGCCCAUGGCGGAGGAGGAAGAGGAGGAGGAGGAAGAGGAGGAGGAGGAAGAGGAGGAGGAGGAGGAGGAGGGUGAGGAAGGGGGGCCGGCCCCGCCCUCACUCUACCCCACGGUGCAGGCCCGGCCGGGGCUCGGGCCUCGGGUCCUCCUGCCGCCGCGGGCCGGGCCGCAGCCGCUGGUGCACAUCCCCGAGGAGGGGGCACAGGCGGCCGGCGGCCUGUCUCCCAAGAGCAGCGCCGCCGUGCGGGCCAAGUGGCUCAUGAUGGCGGAGAAGAGCGGGGCCGCUGUGGCCGUGGCCUCGGCCCAGCCCCGCGUGGCCAACCCGCCGCGGCUGCUGCAGGUGAUCGCCAUGUCCAAGGCGCCGGGCGGGCCGGGCCCCAAGGUGGCGGAGACCGCCUCGUCCUCCAGCGCCAGCUCCGACUCCUCGCAGUACAGAUCGCCCUCGGACCGCGACUCGGCCAGCAUCGUCACCAUCGACGCGCACGCGCCCCACCACCCCGUGGUCCACCUGUCCUCGGGUAACGGGCCCUGGGAGUGGAAGACGGCGGGGGGCACGGCCAAGGGGGCAGAGGGCGAGGGUGGCUACGAGCUGGGGGACCUGGCCCGUGGCUUCCGCGGUGGGCCCAAGCCGCCAGGCGUGUCCCCCGGCUCGUCCAUCAGCGACGUGGACCAAGAGGAGCCGCGAUUCGGGGCCGUGGCCACGGUCAACCUGGCCACGGGCGAGGGGCUGCCCCCACCGGGCAUGGCUGACGGGGCCCUGGGCCCGGGCAGCCGGGAGUCCACGCUGAGGCGCAAAGCUGGCGGCCUGGUGCUGGGGGAGCGGGAGGCCACGGGUGAGGCGGAGGCCGAGGGCUACUAUCGCAAGAUGCAGGCUGCCCGCAGGUUCAAGGACUGAGGGGGAGGGGUGGGGUGCUGCAUGGGGCGCAGGUGGGGACCACUGGGCGGGCGGGGGUGGGGGGAAAGGCACUUCGUGACCAGACAAUAAAAUGUCAACAC